UUGACAGUUAACAGUUUGUAGAUUGGCGAAUCAACGAUUUGCAAGAUUCCAAAUCUGUGUAAAGAAACGACUAGGGAAUGCAUUGAUUAUACUUAUGGUUUGAAAUUUCUAAUCCAGUGUAGUACUAGUAUGAGAAACAAUUUUUAUAUGAUGUUAAUGCCUUAUAAAUAAACAUUCAGUGUGUGUAUAAUUUUUGCGAAAUAAAACUGUUGAUUGCACCACUGCUGAUAUUAAAAUUUGAAGAACUACGUAUAACCUAGUUAUUUAUUCAUCUAAAACUAACGCUCACAAUGAAAUUCAAAUGUAAAAUGACAGAUACAGGAUCUCUAAGAGAUUUUUCAAAUGUUGCAACUACAGUAGCAAGGAUGUCAAAACAAUGUGUCAUUCGUUUGACAAGAAAUUUCUUUUUCUUCAACAUAGCUGAUGAUACUACACCAAUGGUGUGGGCUAGACUAGAUCAGAAUCACUUUUUUGUAGAUUAUAUGGUUCAUGGAAAAACUGAUGAUAUCCAUGAAAUUUAUAUGGAAUUAAAUACAGCCAUGUUGGCUAAAAGUGUUUCAACAUUUAAAGCAGCUGCAAGAAGUGUUAAAAUUAGAUUAACCAAUAAGCAACAACCAUGUUUAACAUUUGAAAUUGAAAUGUCGUCCAUUAGUGCAGAGUCUCGAAUGUGUGUUCAUGAUAUACCAAUAACUAUUAUUCCUCAAAAAAAGUGGCCCGAGUUCAAUGAACCACACAUAGAAAAAUUUGAAAUAUCUGUAGAAAUGCCUCAAUUUAAAAAUUUACGCAGUGUAUUAGAAAGAAUGAAAAACAUGAGUCCAGUGCUGACUAUUUCAGUUGAUACUAAUGGGGUGCUGGCUCUUAAAGCUGAUGCUGAUUCAGCCACAGUGUCUGUGCAUUUUCCAAAUCUUACAGUUCUUGAGUGUGAUGCAGAGGAUGAAACAGUAUCUGCUAGUGUUGAUAUUAAAAAAUUUCAUGCAUUCGUAGCAUGGGACGCUGUGCAUCCAACAUCAAUGAAUUGCAAUAUUAUCAGUAAUAAAGUUGUCAAUAUUAACUUAACUCUAGACGAUUAUAUGCAAAUAAAGUAUUACAUUCCUGCAGUAGAAUGUAACUAACAAAACAUGAUGAAGAAUCAUUGUUACUUAAUAUGUAAAUAAAUAGGAUACACUUUUUUGUAAGAAUUCAAUUUUUCAAAUGUACUGAUGAUAUUUAUAAUCAUAAUACAUAUUCUUUUCGAAUUAUCAAACAA